AUGGAGCUUCCGAGGGAGGAAGAGAAGGAGGGUUUGCUCUGUUGCGGGUGGCCCAUCCCUCACCCCCCUUUCCAGCCGACCCCCAUCCCUCUCGGUCCUCCAUGCUGCUCCCGUGCUCUGCGUUUUUGCCCUCCUUCUCCCGCUCAGAAAUUCUCGAAGAUAUUGGAGUACGCGCGGUGGUUGGGGAUGGAGCUUCCGGGGGAGGAGGAGUUGCUGUGGGUGGCGCGGCAGGGGCUGAAAUCACCUCUGCCGCCCAACUGGAAGCCCUGUGGCACGGAGGACGGGGAGAUCUACUAUUUCAACUUCCAGACGGGCGAGAGCGUGUGGGAGCACCCCUGUGACGACCACUACCGCGCCGUCUACCACCAGGAGAAGGCCAGGCUGCUGCUCGCCCGCGCCCCUCCCCCCCCUGCUGCUGCCAGUGGUGCUAGUGGUGGUGGUGGUUCUGCUGCUGCUUCUGCUCGUGCUGCUGUGGCUGGCGGUGGGAGUGUGGAGGGUGCGGGGAGGAAAGGAGGCUUUUGGGGAGUGGCGGGGCCAGGGACAGGGAUGAUGGGGGGAGGAGGAGGGAUGGGUGGAGAGACGUAUUCUGCCGCGGCUGCCAGCCUGGCUCGGGCAGGCUCCGUUCCCGUUGUGGCGAAUGGCGUGAAUGGCCAUCCUGCUGAAACUGAGGAGGAGGAGGAAGAUUGGAGCAGCUCUGACGAUGGUGACGAUGGUGGCAGUGCUGAAGGAAAAGGAGGGAGUGAGAAAUUCAAGAGUGCUGAUAGUGCCGAUGCUAGUGCGAAGGGCUUGCUUAAAGCGGAGGGAGUAAGAAUAGGAGGCAGUGGGAGCUUCAAAAGGGCUGAUAGUGCUGAUGCUAGUGCUGCUAAGGGCUUGCUUAAAGCAGACGGAUCAGGAGGGAGUGAGAAAUUCAAGAGGGUUGAUAGCGCUGAUGCUUGCGCGAAAGGCUUGCUUAAAGGCAAGGAUGUGAGACGCGGAGGGAGUGGGAGCUUCAAGAGGGCUGAUAGCGCGGAUGCUAAGGGUGUUGUUCAAAUUGAGGCUUCUAGGAAAGGAGGCAGUUGGGAUUUUAAGAAGGAUAAUGGUGGGGAUAGUAAGAGGAAUGGCAGUUGGGAUCUUGCUAAGGGUAGUUUUAGAUGUGAAGAGGCAGGUGGGGAGGAGAGAGAAGAAGGAACAGAGUCUGGUCAGGAAGGGAUGGUAAUUUUGGACAUGGGUCAAAGCAAGGUAAGGGAAAAGGGAGUGUACGAGGAUGGUGGUGAUUUAAAGGAGAGACAUGAGUUGGUGUGGGAGGAAAUGCGGAAGGAAAUGCAGAAAGAAUUGCGAGAGGGUAUUGAGAAGGAGAGGGCGCGACUGUGGGAGGAGAUGCAGGCAGAUGUGAUGAACCAGUUGGAGAGCAGGAAGCAGGAGCUGUUUGCUGACGUGGCGAGGAAAGUUGAUGCUGACGUGGCGGAGGAGUAUGAGAGGAUCAGGCAGCAACGGGUGGAGGAGAUUAGGCAACAGGGCGAGGUUGAAGCAGAGGUUAGGGAAUACCGAGCCAAGUUGCUAGCUUCGGUAGAAGAGGAGGAGACGCGCUUGCGAGAGAAUUUAAGAGAGAGUAAGGCUCGGGAAGUGGCUCGGGCCGAGCGUGAGGUUCGGCGGCUGCAGGAGGAACUGGAGGUUCGGGCGACCCAGGUGCUAGACUCGUUCAGAACCGACCUGCAGGUUCGGCUGGAAGGGGAAAAGCUGAAGCUGAGAAGAGAGGCAGUGCGCGCAUUAGAGCGAUGGAGGGAGGAGCUUGAGAUGAAGGUUCAGAGGAAGGUUCAGGGCAUGAGGAUGGAUUUACAAAUGAAGCUGGAAGCAACGAGAAGGGAGAUGGAGGUGGUAAUGAGGAAGAAAGUGGAGGAGGAGAGGGUGUGGCGAUUGGAACGGCUGAGUCGGGAGUUGAGGGAAGAGGAGACCGAGCUGAGAAGAGUCUGGAAGGAGAGGAUGGAGAGAGAGAAGCAGAGGGUUCUGGGAGGUGGUGGGUCAAGGCGUUCGUUUGAUCUGACGGGAAAGGCAGCUCUGCUGGGGCUGGGGGGUGAGAGGAACGGGCAAGGCGUUGGGAUGAGGGAGGAGCAGAGGGUGCUGGGGGGUGUUCCGAGACAUUCUUUUGAUUUGACGGAUAAGUCCCCUCUGAUGCUGGGCGGAGUGAGAAACGGCCAAGGUGCAGGGUUGAACUUGAGAGAGGAUGAGCAGAUGAUGUUUGGAAACAUGAGGAGCCCGAGAAGGGUCGGAGGAGUGAUGGGGCAACAACAGCAGCAGCGGCGGCGGCAGGUGGGGGAGUCAUAUGCCGGGCAGGUGGAAGGAAGUGUAUUGGCCGGGGACUGGAUAAGUGGGGGCCGGAUUGGGCUGGGGUCAGGAGGGAGGAAAUUGAGGAACCGGGGGAAAAGCAGUCGGACGGUUGGGAGCGAAUCUGGUCAUGAUCGGACGGUGGAGGAUGCAUUGAAAACGGGGAGCGGCGGAGGGUACUACUCGCCAUGGGGCGAUUCUGGUUCGGAGGGACUGGGAGAGCUGGGGAAGGGGGAUCUGGGGAGGGCUCAUCUACGUGUGCGGUGCAGAGGGGUUGAAAGCGGUGGAGGGGCGUUUGACGAUGGAGGAAUCUCGUUCGGGGAGCGCGAGAUCAUGUUGAAACAAGCCAGGCGGUUUGCAGCGGAGCAGCGGCGGAGCUUGAAGGAGCGAGAGGCGGUGCUGGAGGCGGCUAGGAGGGACUGGAGGAGCCGUAUGGAGGCAGUUGAAGAGCUAUCGGAUCUGGAUGAGAAGAGGCGGAAGGUGCAACACUUGAUGUUUAUCAAAGCAACGUUGGACCAGCACGAGAGGGAGUUGAUUGACGAUGCCAGGAGCGUCAAGCAGCUCAGAAAGAGCUUACUUGCUUUUUCCCGAAAUGCAGCUUCUGCUGGUAGUGGUGGCGGCGGUGACGGCAGUGGUGGUGGUGGUUUAAGUGGCAGUGGACUCUUACGUGCCAGUGGUGGUCUAAAUACGGAGGAAGGGUUUUGGGCUGGGAGUAGGGUAGGGGGUAGGGAGCGAGUGGGCGGAGGGAUGGGAGGAGGGAUGGGAAGGGCGGUUGGUGGUAUUUCUGGAAAGUACUUAGGCAUCCCGCCAGGUGGCGGCGUGCGAUUGGACCAGAACCGCCCGUUGGUGAAUUUCCCACCUAGUGCCAUCGUGUCCCCAGCCUCGUCGUUUGCUUCGAUAACGAUCCAAGAAGGGAACCCGGACCUGAGCGACGUGAGCUACAACUCAGGUUCGGGGCUGAGAUUCCCUGCCGAAGCUGGUGCAGCUGGUGCAGCGGGUGCAGCGGGUGCAGCGGGUGCAGCGGGUGCAGCGGGUGCAGCGGGUGCAGCGGGUGCAGCGGGUGCUGGGUUUGCUGGGGGCUCUGGGCGCGUUUCGUCUCCCUUGUCCUCUCCUGUGAGGCGAGAGAUUGGGAGGAGCAUGCUCGGUUUCGAGUCUCCUAAACAUAAUUCUCCCCUGCCUUCUCCUGUGCGGAAAGAGGUUGGAGGGAACAUUUUUGGGGUGAAGGGUGAAGAGAGGAGGGUCGACGUGGGGAAGGGCACUACUGGUUUGACUGCUGCUGCUGCUGCUGCUGCUGCUACUGCUGGUGCUGGUGGUGGUGCCGUUGCUACUGGUGGUGCUGGUGGUGGUGCCGUUGCUACUGGCGGUGCUGGUGCUCGUGCUGGUGGUGGUGGUGAUGCUGCUGGUGCUGGUAUUGGCAGCAGCCAAGGGACUGGACUGAAAGCGCAAGGGCGAAGUGUGGGGGCAGGAAAAGGUAGAGGGGAAGCAGGAGGGAGGGUGGAGGAAUGCAGAGCAACGGCUGGAGAGGUAAAGAAGGCAAAGAACAACGCAAGAGGUGUUGCUGAUAACCUUCCACCGAGAAUUCAAAAGCUGAAAGCUGGUCGUAGCGGCGCAAGCAGGGCUAUAGGGGGUGUGUCUGGUGGACAGUCGUUGGGGGCAGGGACCAAAGAGGGUGUGGUGGGAGGAGCAACUGGAGCAGGGACGGGUGCUUCAACCCCACCUGGGCUCCCCAUCGCUCCCCCUGGGCUUCCCAUAACCACCCCUGCGCCCCCCAUCACCCCUCCUGGGCUGCCCAUUGUUCCUCCUGGACUUCCCAUCAUUCCCCCUGUGCCCCCCAUAACCCCGCCUGAGCUCCCCAUCACCCCUCUAGGACUUCCCAUAACCCCCCCUGGACUCCCCAUAAUCCCCCCUGGGCUCCCCAUUACCCCCCCUGGGCUCCCCAUAACCCUUCCCCCCAUCAACCCAGCUGCACUUCCCAUAACCCCUCCUGGACUCCCCAUACCUCCCCCAGCGCUCCCCAUACCCCCUACUGGACUUCCCGUCACUCCUCCUGCACUCCCCAUCACUCCCCCAGGGCUCCCCAUAACCCCUCCCCCCAUCAACCCGCUUGCCAUCCCCAUACCCCCUACUGGACUUCCCAUCACUCCUCCUGCACUCCCCAUCACUCCCCCAGGGCUCCCCAUAACCCCGCCCUGA